AUGUCCUGUUGUGGCUCCAGCUGCUGUGGCUCUUGCUGCUGCCGCCCCAGCUGCUGCAUCUCUAGCUGCUGCCGCCCCUCUUGCUGUGGCUCUUGCUGCUGCCGGCCCUGCUGCCGUCCCAGCUGCUGCAUUUCUAGCUGCUGCCGCCCCUCUUGCUGUGGCUCCAGCUGCUGUGGUUCCAGCUGCUGCCGGCCCUGCUGCUGCCCCUGCUGCUGCCUCCGCCCAGUCUGUGGCCAGGUCUCCUGCCACACCAAUUGCUAUCGCCCCACCUGUGUCAUCUCCACCUGCCCCCGCCCCAUGUGCUGUGCCGUCUGUGACUGCUGA